UUUUUUUUAGCAUUGGAAGCUUGAGAUGACCUUGUACAUUGCUUGUCCAAUUGGAACUGGUAGUUUGAUCCAAAAAGCGUUCUAUAUUCAUUUACUUCCUUUUCCUUUCCUCCCUCUCUGGUUUGAUUCAAAUUUAUUUGAUGAUUACACAGAAUAACUACCGUUCCGUUGUCAUGUUAGGGGCCAACAAGGAUGACCCUUUUCGGCGUUGUUCAAUUGAUUAAACGUCGAAAAACAGAAAGAUUUGCCAUCGAUCCUCUCUUUGUUGGGUGAGAAAAUCUCUGUUUUUUAACUUAACAUCCACCUGAAAUGGUUGCCGUUUUCAACAAAGAGCUGUUGAGUUGGUAUCUGAUCACCCUCAAACUCAGAGAAACUGUGGAUACUGGGAACCAAAAUACUGACGACACUCCCACCAGCGCCCGGUCAGUCAAUCCAUUCGAACAACCGCCGACACCGCCGCAGCAGCAGCAGCAAACAGAAAAGCGGCAGCCAUGCGAAUUGAAGAAUAUAUCGACCAGCGGCAAUGUUGAGGAAGAAACCUAUUUAUCAGAGUCCACCCAGUGGGUUAUCUCGAUCACAGAGAAGUUGGAACAGGCCCGUCAAGACGAGAACGCUGGGUCAUGGGCCAAGUUAUGCAUCUACCGAGUCCCCAAGUGUCUCCGAGAAGGCGACGAUAAGGCCUAUGUUCCCCAGAUAGUGUCGCUGGGGCCUUAUCAUCAUGGUCGGAAACGGUUGAGGGAGAUGGAUCGUCACAAAUGGCGAGCUCUCCACCAUACCCUUAAGCGUACAAAUCAUGACGUGAAGCACUACUUGGAACCCAUUAAGGAGCUUGAGGAGAAGGCUCGUGCCUGCUAUGAAGGGGAGAUCACCCUCAGCAGCAAAGAAUUUGUUGAGAUGAUGGUGCUAGAUGGGUGUUUCAUGCUUGAGCUCUUCCGAGGCGCUGCCGGGGGAUUCAAGCAUCUGGGUUACUCCCGUAAUGACCCCGUUUUUGCUAUGCGCGGUAUUAUGCAUUCCAUACAGCGUGACAUGAUAAUGCUUGAGAAUCAGAUACCACUCUUCGUAUUAGAUCGACUCCUGGGGCUCCAGAUGGGUGAUCUUGACCAGAAAGGCUUUGUGGCAAAGCUUGCACUCCGAUUCUUUGACCCACUCAUGCCGUCCGAUGAGCCGCUACAGCAGAAAUACUUAACUAGGAUGGAAUCUUCGAUGGGACAUUCGACCGUCUUCGAUCCCUUGACGGAACAAGACGGCCUUCAUUGCCUGGACAUUUUCAGGCGGAGUCUUUUGCGCAGGGGACCCCAACCUUCGGCCCGAAUGUGGAUCAGACGGUGGUCACAAGCUGAUCGAGUGGCGGACAAACGGCGUCAGCAACUAAUCCACUGUGUCACCGAGCUAAAGGAUGCUGGGAUCAAGUUCAAGAAGAGGAAGACAGAUCGCUUCUGGGAUAUCAAGUUCAAGAAUGGAGUCCUUCGGAUUCCUAGGCUCUUGAUUCAUGACGGGACCAAAUCUCUAUUCCUCAACCUCAUUGCUUUCGAACAAUGCCAUCUUGACUGCAGCAAUAACAUAACCACUUAUGUGAUCUUUAUGGACAAUCUUAUCAACUCCCCUCAGGACGUGGGCUACCUCCAUUACUACGGGAUUAUCGAGCACUGGCUCGGCAGUGAUGCUGAGGUCGCCGACCUCUUCAAUCGUCUGUGUCAAGAAGUGGUGUUCGACAUCAAAGAAAGUUAUCUGUCCCUAUUGUCUGAGCAGGUCAACCGUUACUCUGAACAAAAAUGGAAUGCUUGGAGAGCCAGCCUGAAGCACAACUACUUUAGCAAUCCUUGGGCCAUCAUCUCCUUUUCUGCUGCUGUUGUCUUGUUGUUACUGACUACAGCACAGACCUUUUACGGAGUAUAUGGUUAUUACAAGCCACCGCGACAACCAAUAUAACAUUGUGGAGAAAACUGACCACAACUCUUUCCAAAGAGAACUGGACGAGCUACGACAGCAAUUCCCUCAAGAAUGGGUGGCAAUUCAUCCUUGUUAUAUCCCUCCAAACCAAAAAUCCUUUUAUUUAUAAAAUUCAGAGGAAGGAAUUGCCCAGAAAAUGACCACAACCAUUCAGAUAUCAGCGAAGAUUCUUCUGGCAUCCGAAUUGAGAGGUGCGUUCCUGCCAAAUUCUACUGGGUGUAUACGUUGCUGUUGCAUUAUAUUUUCCAUAGUUAUAUUUAUUGCACUCUUGCUUAUUACUUCCAAGAAAGGAAUUCCUUUUCAUGUUUGAAUUCAAAUCCUACAAAGUCGUAGUUCUGGUGUUUGAAUUCAAAUCCUUAGUAGCCCUUAUUCUCCAGUCUUGUACUCUAGGGUUUCCGAAAUUAGAAGCAUGAGAUCUUAUAAAAGCACUGUUUUUUUUUUCUUCUAGAAAUCCAAUAUUAUUUUUGCCA